UCCCUCCCGUCCCUCUGCGCUGCUUUCCUUUACUCUCCGCCACACACAGGUUUGAAAUCCCUAAGCAGGAAUGCAGAGCUUCGUCUCAUGUCUUCAUUUUGCAAACGGGGGCGGCUGCUGCUGCUGCUGCUACCGGCAGAGGGGACGGUAGCGCUAACCAGAAUAUCUGCUUGCUUUUCCCAUAGAUUUGGAGAAACCCCCCUCCCUCUUCUCCUUCCUUCCUGACUCCCACCCACCAAUUUGGAAUUGAAAAAAAUGAUUAAUCAGAUGGCGACUGUUUUUAUCCUCUUGCCCAGGAAAAAAAGAGAGCAGAGGAGGCGAGGCUGACGUUGGCCGAGAGAGAGAGAGAGGGGGGGAGGGAGGCGUGUGAAUAGUGGCCGGCGCCAGCGUUACGCGUCUUGCUCUCCAGUAAACAUUAACCAGGUGGUGUUUGUGUGCGCAUUUCUGCGAGGCUGCUCCUUCCUCACUCAAACCAGCGGCUGCGUCGCCUCUGUGCGAAACACCACAAUAUGCAGCCGAGAAUCCUCAGGCUUCACCUCCGUCCUUUAAAAACUUGAUCCCACCGGGAGGGGGGGAGGGUUGGGGAGAGCGCGGGGCUUUCCUUCCCGUCCAGAUCCCUCUCCAGCCAGCCCCCUCCCCAUACCUUCUGCAUCCCUCUCCUCCCCGCGCACUGCCCUUUUCCUGUGCGUAAAUGUGAGGUCUGGGUAUUUUUUUUUCGGACCCACCCUCCCUGUACCCCUCCUGUGUCUGCUCAGUGGCUUUGAACGCCGCCUCCCCCCCCGCUCCCCAAACUCUUCUGGCCAAGCAGUUCCUGCUCCCUCCCAUCGCUCCCCUGCCGGUUGCGCUCUCUUCUCUCUGUGUCCCUCCUUCUCUUCCUCGUUCUGCUCUCCCUCUCUCCCCCCAUCCUGCCUCCGCCCGAGUGCGCUUUCGGAGAAGGGGGAGAGAGAGAGAGCUCACGGAGGGGUCCCCCGCUUUUGCAGCCGCGGCGUUUCCAUCGCCACUUCUGCCUCGCUCCUUCAUGGCUGGGAACGAAUGGGACUGGUUUCAGCGGGAGGAGCUGAUCGGACAGAUCAGCGACAUCAGAGUCCAAAAUCUCCAAGUGGAAAGGGAAAAUGUGCAGAAAAGGACUUUUACCCGAUGGAUAAAUCUACAUUUGGAAAAGUGCAGCCCCCCUCUGGAAGUGAAAGAUUUGUUGGUUGAUGUUAAAGAUGGCAAAAUUUUGAUGGCUCUGCUGGAGGUUCUCUCUGGGCAAAAUCUGCUGCAUGAAUACAAGCCCUCGACCCAUCGUAUUUUUCGACUGAACAAUAUUGCAAAAGCCCUCAAGUUUUUGGAGGACAGCAAUGUGAAGCUGGUUAGCAUUGAUGCAGCUGAAAUAGCAGAUGGAAACUCUUCCAUGGUCCUGGGCCUGAUAUGGAACAUAAUCUUGUUUUUUCAGAUUAAAGAGCUCACAGGCAACCUCAAUAGGAACUCCUCGUCUUCCAGCCUGUCAUCGGGACCCAGUGGCCCUGAUUCAGACACCUCUCAUCCCAACACGCCUAAUGUCGAAAGAAGCAUGUCUGUCUCAGUGAAGGACCAGCGAAAAGCAAUCAAGACCCUUUUGACAUGGGUCCAAAGGAAAACAAGAAAGUAUGGGGUUGCCGUUCAGGACUUUACCAGCAGUUGGCGAAGUGGCCUGGCUUUCUUGGCCAUAAUCAAAGCAAUAGAUUCAAGCUUGGUAGACAUGAAGAAAGCUUUGGAGAAAUCACCCCGGGAGAAUUUAGAGGAUGCAUUCACUACAGCACAUAACCACCUAGGUAUUCCAAGACUUCUGGAACCAGAAGACAUCAUGGUUGAGUCGCCCGACGAUCAGUCCAUUGUGACCUAUGUGGCACAGUUUUUGGAACAUUUCCCAGAGCUGGAAGGGGAAGAUUUUUCAGAUCCGGAUAAGGACUUUGCAGCUGAAUCUCCUUUCCAUGUCAAAGAGACACCAGGGGAAGAAAAUCAAGGGAAGGUUUUGAUUUUGAAUGAGAAUGGGAAGCACACCUAUACCGGUCACCUGGACAGAAGCCAGUCUUCACCUCCAAAAAUCCAUAUUCCUAGUUCACCCCUUAAUCCAGAGAACCCAAGUUUUCAUAUAGCAAAUGAGGAGAUUAAUGACCAUCUGCAGCAGCCACUAUCAGAUCAUUCAGAGACUUCUACAGAAGGACCUCAGAGGCCAAGCUCUCUGCCAAUAACAGAGCCUGUUGAUUAUCAGUCCAAUUCUGUUGCCGAGAUUCUUGCCAAUAACGUAAACGGCUCUGAAGGGGAUCAGCUGAGUAUGUCCGAUUCACCAUCCCAGAGCGAUGACCUUCCGCCAAGCUCACCUCCAUAUUGCAAACAUUCUGUUGAACCUGCUGACUCUUCGGGAGUCGACCCCGAAGAAUUCAGCAAGAACAAGCCAGCCACUAAAACAAAAGAAUCAUCUGAUGGAAAGGCUUGCUCUUCCCCUCUACCUGAAAAUGUACUGGAACAUCUGACAACGGAACUUGAACAUCCAAUUCCAACUGCUGAUGAGAAAGAGACCACAAAGAAAUAUAUAUUAGAAUUGUUGAACAAGGAAAUAUCUAAGCUCCCAGUAAAAUAUGACUGUGCAAUGCAGUCUUCUUCUGUAAAGGAAGGACAUGCUACUCACCAGGAAACAAGUAGACCUGAUUUCAAGGAUUAUUCAGAAGAGUGUUACCCAAUGGAACGUUUUUCUCCGGUUAGAAACACUCCCAAGAGCCUAGAUAUUACUAAUGAAGACAGCUCGGUGGGUGAAAUGACGCCAAACCCUUCCAAAAUCUCCAUAAUCCCUCAUGACCUCUUCUAUUACCCCCAUUAUGAUGUUCCCAUAUCGGCCGUCUUGGAUGCUUUUGCUACCCCCGGCGCAGACCAUACCCUCUUGGAAAACAACAAGAUCUGCGCUGAGCUUUUAGUAAACUGUUUGGCAGAGAAAGAGUUGCUUGACCAAAACGCUGAGAAGGACAUUUCAAAGGCAGGCCUACACACGAGUAAGGCAGCACCAACGCACUUGGAUGAUAAAAGCCCAGAGAAGCAGAAAAAAGAUGCUCGUGGUCACACCAAGGCUUCCCUCAACAAGGCUGCUGCAGAAGGGAAGAAGAAUGUGAUACUCAACGCAAACAGCGUGGAUUCUGCUCACUCAGAUGUCCCUGUGAUAGUGGUAAACCAGUUUGAUACUGCGGCUGAAGAAAGAAAACUGCCAGAAGAAAGGAGCAAAAAGAAAGAGAAAAGGAAGAACAAGUCAAUUUUUCAAGGAGAAAACAUCCCAAGUCCGAAAGCUGGCUCUACCCGGCUACUAGAUAAGCUAGAGGAAGACUAUACAGACCAUCAGGGGCUUUCAAGGGUCAGCCACAGCGACCCCAAUGUCGUUUCCCAAAGAUAUUUAGCAGAGUCGACCAGUAAGGAACUCAACAGCACGGAUGUUCCAAAAAGCACAGCUUCAAAUGAAAUUGCUAGCUCCUCUUCCAGAAAGAGAAAAGACCUUGAAAAGAAAGACGCUUCCGACAAGGCCAGCGUGCCUAGCCCCUCUCCGCGGACAGAGCAGCCUGAGCUGUUUUACUUCAUUGUUUUCCUCUGGGUGUUGGUCUACUGCUUAUUGCUCCUUCCACAGCUGGUUAGCAGCCCACUUUGAUCCCUGUGAGUGAGCCAGAAUAAUAAAAGAUAGCGGCUUGAUGUUCUUUGUUUGAUGUGCCCCAAAAUGCGUUUCUUCAGGAGGUAGAAGUGUUAGCCAAAGUACAGGACUCCACACACCCCUCCCCUGAAUUCAGAGCUCGUUCUUUUACUCAGGUGGCUUGUUACAUUAUGAAGAUUCAGCUCACCUGACUUUGUGUACAUAUAGUAUAUAUAUAGAUAGGUAGGUAGGUAGAGAUUAUAUAUAUAUAGGAGAGAGAGAGAGAAUGAAGACAUUGGGUUAAUUACUUAAUACUUGCAAUUUUUGUAUGUCUGUGCCUUGCUUUAUAGGAUGUUAAAUAAAAUGAAUAAUCUCUUAGGGAAAGAUUUAGAGCGUUCUAGUCUUCAAAAGGAAUCAUUCUUAUACUUCGGAUUUUAUCUACAGCCAUGAAAUCUGCCAAAAAUAUAUGUGUGUGUAUUUUUUGUGUUGCCUUUUCAGUAGAACUUUUUGAUUGAAGAAAGUUGUCCUUCCUCCAUAAACUGAAACAAGAUGUAAUUAUUUUAUUAUCUAGCACGUGCAGCUAGAACCAAUCUAAGGCUGCAGUCUGGUCCCCACUACUGAAUUCAUUGGACUUGCUUCUGAGUAGACAUGUAUCGGAUUGCACUAUAUAGUCUAUGUUAGAAGAAUCUGGAAUAGCUCCAGAGAACUUUCUUCAGAAGUAUGUGAUAUGGCUCAAGACCAGAAUUUAACCAAUUUUGAGGUUAAUGUAUAUGGGAUUGUGAAGGAAUGGCAGACAGUGAUUUAGGUCAGGAAUGGGGAACCUGUGGGUCUUCAGGUCUACACUGUUGUUGUUUUCAGUCCUCAAACAAUGCUUAAUUGAUGACACACACAACCUUUGCAUUGUGUUUCCUUUUUAUCCAAUGUCCUUUGCAUUUAAAUGAAUGAUGUGGAAGAGUAUCACAAUCGUUGGCGUCUGUCUGUUUUGGGAGACAAUGGAGGAGUGCGCCUUUGGAGGUGAAGUCAAACCAUUGGAGAGUUACAGCGCCUGCUGUGGCUGUAUUGCAGGCGGGGCAGAUGAAGGCUUCUGGUUUUGCUGCUUCAGGUGCACCGUGGAUUAAUUACAUAAUUAUGUAAAAUGUCACCACAGUGGACAGCAAGAUGAACAAUGUGGCUUUGGAUGGAAGUUGAACUGCAGUGGUACGGAACCGGCGUGGCGUGCUAUGGACAUGGGGUAGAAUAGAAAUGGAUGCCUCCUUACAUUGCUAAAACUCCAGUUCCCAUCAGGCAGUGGCAAGGCAUGAUGGGAGUUGUAGUCCAGCAUCUCCUGGAGGGCCACAGGCUCCCCUCAGCCUUGCUCUAGAUAAAAAUGAAGGAGGGACCCUUUUUAUACUUUCAGUGGAAAUGUAUGGAAGAAAUGUUGUUAUUUGGAACCGUAUCAGUGUCAUGAGGGUGGGUUAGGAGAGAAGAUGAGCCAUAUACUGAGAUGAGGUGAGAGACUUGUGUUUUAUUGACCAAGGUAGGAGAGUUGUUAGCCUCUGGUUGCCAUAUUAGAAUCCGUAAAAUGCUCAGUCCAUGGUUCUCUCAGCAUAAUCCCGUAGCACCAGAGCUGCAGUGUCAAUGGCUGGCAUUACUAUAUAGUGGAUUCCAGUGUGUGUCUUGUACAUGCUGCUUCCUCUCCCUUCGCACAACCGGAAUUUGUUCCGUGUGUUGACAUGUCAACGAAUGUGAACCAAAGUUAGGGUGUCAGCAAGCGUGAAGGGUUUCAGUUAGGGUUAGGUUUCCCGGAUAAAACUCAUAAUGUCCCAAUGGAUGGGAAUAAGGACAUAAGAAGUUGGACCAGACCUAUAGUCAUUUCGUCCACCAUUUGGUUUCCAAAAGCAGCUAAGCAGAUCCUUUUGGAGAGCUCAGAAAUGGGGCAUGAAGGAACCUGCUCCCACAGGAGGCAGUGAUGGCCACCAGCAUGGAUGGCUUUAGAAGAGCAUUUGGCAAAUUCAUGGAGGACAAGCCUAUCAAUGAACUACUUUCCAUGAUGAUGAUGCUCUACCUCCCCUGAAUCCCUGCUACUGGGAAUCACAGCUGGGCAGUGUGCUCAUGUCCAGUUUGCAGGCUUCCCAUUGAGGCAUCCGGUUGACCACUGUGAGAUCAGGAUGCUGGGCUGGGUGGGCCAUUGGCCUGAUCCAGCAGGCUUGACCUGUUCUGAAUACAGAGGGUAGAAUCCGUUGCACGUCUUUGGGGAGCCGAUUGAAUGCAGGCUCAAUCGUGCACUCCCUGGAUUCAUGCAGCAGAAUGAGGGAGUAGAAUGGCCUGUGCCACUUCAGACUGCAGGUGGGGAAAAUACCAUUUUUAAAAGCUCUCCUGUAUAGAUAAAUUGAUAGAUAGAUAUAAAAGUUCCAAAGAAUCAACAGCCUUUCUUUGUGGUGUCCUGUCAGUUGCUAGAGACAAGGAGUACGUAGAAAUGAUGUCUCCUGCCUGCAGUAAGAAAUAAUGCUGCCAAUUCAGCUUGCCCUGGGGAAGGUUUUAAAUUUAAAAGGCCAUCCAGCCUGUUGACACCCCAAGCUUACUUAGUUUCAAUAAUUUGAAUAAUUUCAAAUUAUUCGAGCCUCUUUGAUGUUCCUGAAUUGACCCAAACGCAUGGCGGUUCUGCCGGGCUUUUCUCAGCCGCAUUAACUCCAUUACUGUUGCCUCUGCUGCCAUCUGCAUGUAACAGCGGCCAAACCUCUGGGGUCUUAUUUCCAUGUCAGAUUAACGUGGCAGGAAGAGGACCUUCUCUGUGUGACAUGAUUUUGGCUGUUUUGAAUUGUGCACGUCCGUUUUGGCAAGCAUCCCGAUUACUGGGAGAAAUCAUUUGGAUGCAGUCCUGCUGAAUUCCCCCUGAAGCUGGGCAAAUGUGCCAUAGCUGCAUUUUUGUUUUCUGAAAAAGUCAAGUCAUCCAUGACGAGCAGCACGAUAGCUCAGAAAAGUGUUUCUCUUGAUGCUACUGAUAUUCUUCCAAAAUGAUUCCUCUGCCAGGAAAACAAAGGGCUGCAGGGAUGACUGUAUUAUUAGUAUUAUUAUUUCUCCCUUUCCACCCCAGUGCUUACCAACUACCCAUUCAAGCGGCAGAGCGCUCAGAUUAAACCAGGCACAGUCUGCAGCUGCUGCCUGAAACAUCAUGCAGUUGAUAGAGUAUGCGGGUUAGCAAAACAGAAUUUGUCUCUUGGGCAGUGCCGAGAAACCUAGCUGAGUUUACGGGAAGGGGAGAAUGCUGCGAGAGAAGCAAACAGUGGCGUGUUGUCUGCCUACUCGGUUUUCCCGUAGCUCUUAGUGAAAUUUGGAGGGUGCUGUUGUAUGAGGCUAAGAAAUCCAUUUCUUAGGUUUUGCAGCACAUAACUGCCCUGUUGCAGCUGCAGCCCUCCUGCCAAUUAACAGCACAAUCCUAAGCAUGUUCACUCAGUGGAGCUUGCUCCCAAGUAACUGUGAUUAGGACUGCAGGCCCAAUCGUGCAACAAGGGCAGCUAAAACCAUCCAGUGCUGUCUAGCUUAAGAAAUGGACCGAAUUCAGCCAAGUAUUUAAAUAACUGUGAAAUCCUUCACUUAAAGCACCAAAGGAAGAAGCUCGCAUUUCCAGAGGUGAAAUCUUGAAACCCAGAACUUUCGUUUAAAUAUAUACUGCAUUCCAAUAUUCUAGUCCUCAGGGUUGUAGAGAAAAAUAGAGAACCUUAUUUUUAAAAAAAGGAAAAGAAGAUCCUGAAGGUGCUUAACCAGAGUUUGUAAAUGAAAUGGAGCAAACCAAUGUGAUGUAGUGGCUCCACACUCUUAUUUAGGACUGGGGAGUUGCUGGUUCAAAUCCCCACUCAGACGUGAAGCUCACAGGAUGACAUUAGGUCGGCCAAACCUACCUUGCAGGGUUGUUGUGAGAAUAAAGUGGGGCAGCAGUUGUGUAUGUUGCCUUGAGCUCCUUGGAGGAAAGGUGGGAUAUAAAUGUAAUAAACAUACAAAGCAACAAAACUUCCUUUAUGAAUUUGCACUACUGCACACCAAUAUUUUUUUCUUGGGUACAUAGUGCAGUUCAUUUAUUUAGGCUGGACAUUUUUUCGUGGGAGAAAUCCUUGACAGAUCUUCUGAGUAAAUAUGCAAAGGAUUGUGCUGUGAUUUGAACUCUACAAACUACUGGCAACCUUUGGCUUAUUCAGGUUUUGUUCUGUGGUGCAUUGGCAUUUCUUUUCAGCGGGGACAAUCUGAACAUGAUGUUACUAAGACAGAAGGAUUUGUUUUUAAAAGCACAGAAAUAAGCAAGCACAUUAUGUACUCCUGGUAUGUUUUCCUGGCCACUUCUAUACACUGAAUGUUUGCACUUGGUCUCCAAAAGUAUUUUUUUAAGAAUAAAUAAAAUGUUUUAUGUAUAGUUGGAACAAACAGCAAAGGGGACGUGGGUUGCCCCCGCCCCAACCAUUGAUCUGUAGUUAUAUUAAAAGGAGAGUGCAAUAGUGAACAGCUUGAAACUUUAUUUUCUAAUGCCUCUGAUUUUCAAAUAAAUAGAUGGAUUUUCUGUACUAAAUUGGUUUGUUUGCCUACUUUCCUCUUUGAAAUCCAUGUUAACCUCUGAUUUAGGAAGUCAGAACAGCUUUUCAUACCGUUUUUGUCACAAGCUGAAAUAAUUUGGUUUAUUAUUAUUAGAGUUUAUAUACUGCCCUAUACCCAGAGGUCUCAGGCGGUUCACAGAAAUGAUUUAAGAAGAGGAAGACAGGUACCAGGGCUUCCAAGCAACAUCUUAAUCCAUGGUUGGGGAGCCAUUUUUCCUUCAGAUAUUUGCUGGACUACAACUCCCAUAUUUCCUGACCAUUUUUCAGGAUGGUUGGGGCUGCUGGGAGCUGGGGUCCUACAAAUAUAAGGACCCCUAACCCUCUCUUAGUCCCUGCAUACAACCACAGGGCUUCCCAAAGUGUGUGGUCCGGGAGUUUCAUUCAGGUGGUCUGUGGACGUGAAAGAGAGAGGAGGCUUUUUCUUCCCCAGAUGAAUAAACUUUGGCUUGCGCAGGAUAGAGAUAAGUCCCAAGUUGGGGAAAGAGGCCGACAAGACACUUGAAAAGGAGCAGAGGGAAAGUCAAAAAGCAUACACAGCAUAUCACGAUUCCUAAACAGGCAGAGAAAUCGUUGAGUGGUCCACCAAGACCCUCCGCAAUUUUCAAAUGGUCUUGGGGCAGGCAGCUGUUUGGGAACCACUGCCCUUCUGUAACAAAGAAUAAUACUUUAACAAAAAUAAACACAGGCUACACCUUUCCCUCACCUGUCUUCUGUUGCCUCCCAUGGGUUGAAUUGUAGAUUG